CUGAGCUCAGGCAGGGGGGUGGGAAGCGUGUUUCUGCUGGAGGUCAAGGGAACAGAAGGGAGUUAUGCAGGGGGAGACCCCUCGAGAUGACAGACCCAGCAGCAGGCACUGCUUCUGUUCCCCAAAAGGAGAGGGAUCUCUUGUCCUUUGCCCCAGUGUGGAUGUGACACUGCAGAGGACCCGGGGUCGGGACGCUGCCUGUGCUGGUGGGGGCUGGGGACGUGGUUGGCAACGGCGGAAGCGCCCCUCUGCCUUUCUUCAGGGUCUGUUCCCAGCAGCAGGGGCGCUCUGAGAAGCCAUAUGGGUCCCAGAGGCCAUGGGGAGAGGCCACCGUUCAGGGUCCAGGGUCAUGAACCCUUGCCGGUCCAGGGUGAGGUGCCCGUGGAGAGGCUCCCCUGCCGCGGUGGUCCGCUGAUAACCACCACCAGGAGGCUCCAGGAGAUGUCAGACAUAGCCAAGCCGCCCCAGGAGAUAGCAGACACAGAUGAGCUGCCUACUGUGGCCCUACCACUCAUGCCCAGCAGGGUGCCAUCCCCAGUGACUGGGAAGGAUCCCUCUGGGAUCAAGCUGCCUCCCUGGCUUGGAAAGUGGGGGACUAGCCCCGAGGAGAAGUGCCCCCCCACAAUGCCGGCGCUGCCCCCCACCCCACCCACGCCAGCAGAGAAGCCCAGCUAGUCGGUGCCGCAGUGCAGCCGUGUGACCCAUGACUGGCAGAAGGAGGUAUUCAUGGAUCCCCUGGACUCUCGACCAGAGAAGGAUUUGGGCAGCGAGGACUUGCAGUGUGGCUACCAUGGACUCCUCGCUCCGCCCUGAAGGACUGCCCACCUCUCAGGGCCGUGCUGCUGGGGCAAGGGCAGCAGAAGGCCACACUGGCAUCCAUGUUCUACGAGAAAUACAGGCAAGCCUGCACUCCCGCAUGAGACCCACCCUUAGGGCUAUGCCCCAGAGGAGGGGACCUGAGAGGUGCGGGGUCUGCUCUCACUGCAGUAAGGAGAUGGAGGAGGAGAUCCGUCCCCGCCCGAGGCGCAUGGAAUCCAUCUCCAUCACGCACCAGGACUAUUGUGCCAUGGGCUUCCAGUCCACACCCCAGCCCCUCACCCAGGUACAGGCAGUACACAUCCCCCCUGCCAGCUUACAGCAGCCUCCAGGGAGGCUGCAAGGCUCAGCGUGUCCUGCUGAGCAUGCCAUCCCCACUGGCUCACAUUCUGCUUCCACUGCAGCCUCACAACUACUUAACAGAGCAGCCAACCAGCUUCUGGCUGGAGCAAGCCUGUGGACUACCAGGUGUCACUGCCUUCUUCAGCAGAAACAUUCCCUUCAAGAGGAAUGCAGACUUUUCCACUCCCAUUACCAUGUACUUAGGGCAUCCUGAGCCCUUCAACCUCUGUGACCCCUACAACCCCCUGAGCAGCCAGUUCCAGCCUCACAGACAAUAAAAAACAAGGGGACACAGGUGGUCCCAGCAUCCUUGCCCACCCCAA